CUUUUUACCAAACAAGCUGUUAUUGGGAGUUGAUGUCUUGCUGUCUCCCGCUAACUUUCAUACUGCACUGACAGUCGCACCCCUCUUCUCUCUCCUCCCUCCAUCUUCUCCGACCAAACCUUCUCCGCGCCAAAAAACGACGCUCUAAUUUUGAUAACACACAGAAAAUUAUAAUGGAAGAAAAGCCAUCUACACCACCCAAAAACUUUAUUAAUCAAUCUGUUGUUCCUGGUGACGUCGUCUUGGAUCUCUCAACUAUGGCGGAACAAACCAUCAAACUUGGCGGCGGUCUUCGUCAGGAUGGUGAUGUAAUUUCCGUCACAAAAGCUGGGAAAUUGAGGUUUACGAAGCCAAGCAAAUACUGGGUUGAAGGUUCUCAUAAGAGGUAUGUACCAUCGGUGGAGGAUCAUAUCCUUGGCAUAGUGGUAGAAUGCAGAGCUGAGAACUUUCUAGUGGACAUCAAGGGACCUACGUUAGCAGUUUUGCCAGUGUUGGCUUUUGAAGGAGUAAUUAGGCGUAAUAUCCCAAGGUUUGAGAUUGGAACCUUGCUCUAUGCUCGUGUUGUUAAGGCAAAUGCUGGCAUGAACCCAGAGCUAUCAUGUACAGAUGCAAAUGGUAAAGCAGCAGAAUUUGGUCCACUCAAGGAAGGUCUCAUGUUUGAAACAUCAACUGGGCUUUCACGAAUGCUUCUGAGUUCGCCGACAUGUCCAAUCCUCGAGGGUCUUGGAAAGAAGCUAUCGUUCGAGCUUGCUGUUGGUUUAAACGGCCGAGUUUGGGUGAAUGCGGACUCCCCAUCAACAGUGAUCCUAGUCAGCAAUGCAAUCAUGAAAUCUGAGUCUCUAAGUGCCGCUCAGCAAAAGAUUACAGUGGACAAACUGCUUCAAAGAGUACAAUGACCCCCAAUUUUGAUAAGAUUAUGAACCUGAUAGGUCUGAAACUCAUAGAUCAAAGAUCACAAUUUCGCCUCCAACCCUGUGAAGCUUUAGUUUCAGGUGUUGCUUCUGGUAGAGAGGUGCCUUUUUUUUUGGUCUUCAGUUUCCGGUGGUACAUCGGUCUGUAGGUUAUGCCCAUCUUUGUUUUUCAUAGGAUUCAGAAUUACAUGAUGCAAUUUACUUUUGAGUUUCCUGUUGGACUUGUUAGAAGAGGAUAUUUUAGGGGUGCUAAUUGAGUAUAUCUAGUUGCAAGCGACUCAAACCCAACUCAGUCUACUAUCGACUUAUUCUGUUUCCGAGUAGAGUCGAGCACGACUCAACUUAGCUUGAGUACUUGACUCAGCUCUAUUAGCACCCCUAGGUCAUUUUGAAACAGAAGGUAAAGAGUUUAGAUGGAGCAGCAGAGGAACAGUAAGCUAGCAGGUGUAUUAGAGUAUAUAGCAAGCAGAUUUGCGAAGCUAAAAUGGAUCACAUCUUUACGUAUUCUUAUUUUUAUCAUGGUUUGUGCACGGUACACUUGCUGAGAAAAAUUAUGACACAAGUUGAAAUUAUUUUUCCUCAAUGCUCUCCACAUUAAAUAUAUUGGUACUUUCUAUGUUUUUCAAA